ACUGGAGUGAAGAAAUGAUGUUCGUAUCAGAGAGAUAAGUUAUCCCAAAGCCACUCACUGGUGCGUAUUGCAGCAAUGCCUACUUUGAAUCUCUUCACAAAUGUGCCUGUUGACACCGUCGUUGCUUCUGACAUCCUCAGAGAUGCCACAAAAGCUGUUGCAAAGAUCAUUGGAAAACCCGAAUCCUAUGUGAUGAUUUUGGUGAAUGGGGGAGUGCCCAUAGAAUUUGCUGGAACUGAAGAGCCGGCUGCUUAUGGAGAAUUGAUCUCAAUUGGGGGCCUUGGUCCAAGUGUAAAUGGAAAAUUGAGUUCUACCAUUGCAGAAAUUCUUCAAACUAAGCUUUACAUUGACAGUUCCCGAUUUUAUAUCAAGUUUUAUGAUGUUCAGCGCUCAUUCUUUGGGUUCAAUGGCUCAACCUUUUGAUUUAACUUUCUUUCUAGGCGCAUAUAUUUGUGGAGUUUCACGGGGAAAAAAUCAUCUUCCUUUGGAUUAUUGUAAUUCUGUAUGCAUGUUUGUAUUAAUGAAUACAGUAGUUUAUUAAAAGGGAAAAAGCGUCUUCCUUUGUUCCCCAUUUUUAUGCUUUAGCGAUUCAUGCCUGCAAUUUAUUUAUCUUCAUGUUGGCUCUGAAUCUUAAUGAGCUUCAUAAACCAUAUAGUGGUUAACGGAAACGGAUUCCACUGUUGCCAAUAUUGUGAGUGUAGCUUUGCUGCAUUUUGUCGGAAAUGUUAACAACUCUAACCAUGUCAAGAAGAAAAUUGCAGUGAAUACACUCUUGACAUUUUCUCUUC